AUGGGUCGUUCCAGACAUUGUUCAGAAGAACAGCGUACUUUGAUUAAAGUUGAUUGGAGGGGAAAACAUAUAAAGAAGUGCAGAAAAUGAUCGGCUGCUCAGCUAAAAUGAUGCCAAAUGCUUUAAAAUGGCAACCAAAACCUGAAAGACGUGGAAGAAAGCGAAAAACUACCAUUGGGAUGGAUAGAAGAAUAGCCAAAAUGGGGGCGGACUCAGCCAACAAUCAGCUCCAGGAAGAUGAAAGAAGUGUGACGUUCCCUGUGAGGACUCAGCCAACAAUCAGCUCCAGGAAGAUGAAAGAAGGUGUGAGGUUCCCUCCAAAGUCCCACUGUUGGGAAAAAGACGUGUGCUGAAGAGGUUACAAUCUGCCAAAGAGCAC